AUGAGUUUCCAGCCGACAUUGAGGAGUUUGCCUCUGUGGAUGCGAUACAACGGAAGAGGAGGAAGAUCAGCACUGACAGGAAUACAGCAUCAAAGUGGGAGCAGAGCAUCAAAGUGUGAGCACGGGCGGCAGCGGUCGAGAUGCAAGGAGUGCGGGGGGAAAAGCAUAUGCGAGCACAGGCGGCAGCGAUCGAAAUGCAAGGAGUGCGGAGGGGGGAGCAUAUGCGAGCAUGGGCGGCAGCGAUCGAAAUGCAAGGAGUGCGGAGGGGGGUGCAUAUGCGAGCAUGGGCGGGUCCGUUCGGUGUGCAAGGAUUGCAAGGGAGGGAGCAUAUGCGAGCACAGGCGGGAGCGAUCGAGAUGCAAGGAGUGCGGGGGGAAAAGCAUAUGCGAGCACGGGCGGGAGCGAUCGAGAUGCAAGGAGUGCGGGGGGAAAAGCAUAUGCGAGCAUGGGCGGCAGCGAUCGAAAUGCAAGGAGUGCGGAGGAGGGUGCAUAUGCGAGCACGGGCGGAUCCGAUCGGUGUGCAAGGAUUGCAAGGGAGGGAGCAUAUGCGAGCACGGACGUCAGCGAUGGAGUUGCAAGGAGUGCGGUGGGGGGGGCAUAUGCGAGCACGGGCGGGUCCGAUCGAGAUGCAAGGAUUGCAAGGGAGGGAGCAUAUGCGAGCACGGGCGGGAGCGAUCGAGAUGCAAGGAGUGCGGGGGAAAAAGCAUAUGCGAGCACGGGCGGCAGCGGUCGAGAUGCAAGGAAUGCGGGGGGAAAAGCAUCUGCUCGCACGGGAAAAUACGGUAUAGAUGCAAGGAGUGCAAAUUGAGUCAAAGUGCAUUUGAAUAA